CUGGAAACCUCAUUCGUCUUCCUCGUGCGUUCGCAACUCCUGCCAUCAUGGCUGUGCCGUUGCGUAGAAGACGACAUAUACUUGGACUCAGCAGAAGGUCCGAAACAGGCAAAAUUUAGGGCGAACUUGAGCAUCUCCGAUUUUCCACAAGCUGCUCCUGCGCGUUCAAAACGCGCAACUGCCCCAAAGAAUGAUCGUAAAGUGCGAUCCCCGCAAAUCAAGGCCACGCGGCGACACCAGCAACGCAAGAGGAAUCCUUCAUCUUCCACGCCCAGGAAGGGCUCGCGCGCGCCCGCCUCGCCGCAUCGCGAACGCACGAAGAAUGCCAGUAGCACGGAUCGUACCAUGUUCCUCAUCAGGCAGUCAGAUCUGACCAGCCAGGCCAAUGCCGCCGCGCAUCAAGUGCCUUUUGAGCCAUGGUUCGAUUGGCUGACUAGCUAUUGGUACGAACGGACAAUGCCACGAAGCACCAGUCUACUCAAGACCAAUAUGCAGCAAAUUCAACUCUAUACCACCUGGUCGAGGAGGAUGGAGUUCUCAGAGCCUGCUUUGUACUAUAUGUCUCUAUUGCUCGCGACCGGCAUUCCUGUUGCAAAUGGAAGUUUUCCCUUGGUAAAGGCACUAUGGCUGCGCGGCAAGACGAUUCGAGCCAUCAAUGAUGCAUUGGAUGACCCUCACCGAGCCACGAGCAACGCCUUAAUCGUCGCAAUGGGCCAAUUAGCGUUGCACGAACACAUCUACGGCGACAGAGCACUAGCCCACAGAGGACACCGUCGAGCGCAGCAGAAAAUGAUCCAGUUGCGCGGCGGAAUUCUGAAGUGUAACUUACCCUACUUCACCCUGCAAGUCAUGAUCUGGUAUGAUAAACUCAUGGCGGCCGAGGCAGGAAAUGCAGCAUAUUUUGAAUAUCUGCCUGCAUUGCUGCAAGAGGUUCAUUCGUAUAGCGACGCCGAGGCUAUCAAUGUUACCAACACCAGUUCGCCGGCUCGUUCUAAGCAUCCUGGCUAUGGUGUUCCAGACGAGAAUGAUGAGGGCGCGAAGAUCGGGGAGCGGUUGGAGCGGCAUUCGCCACCACCCGGGGAGCAUGAUUGA